GAACCGACUACUGAUUAGGGCUGGGCGCGGCUUUUGUGAAGCCAUUGGUAGGGAAACUUACGCCAUCGCCCCUUCAACAAGAGCUGAUACAAGUUUCAUGCUGGUUAACUGACGGCGUGCGACUGGGAAGUCGAUGGCGCUCUCCGGCUGGGUGUGUCUGGUUACCGGGGCCUCCCGGGGCAUUGGCAAAGGCAUUGCCCUGCAGCUGUCUGAGGCUGGAGCCACGGUCUACAUCACUGGCCGCAACGAGAACAGCCUGCAGGAGACUGCUGCGGAGGUAAAAGAGAGGGGCGGGGGCUGCCUUCCCGUGGUCUGUGACUCAUCAAAGGAGGACGACAUCAAAGAGCUAUUUGAGCGAAUCAAACGCGAGCAGAAAGGCAGACUGGACCUUCUGGUCAACAACGCCUACUCUGGAGUGCAGGCGAUAUUUGAGAACAUGGGAAAGAAGUUUUGGGAAACGGAACCCUCCAUGUGGGACUGUAUCAACAACACUGGACUCCGGGGGCACUACAUCUGUUCAGUGUACGCUGCCAGGAUGAUGGUGGCACAGGGCCGGGGGCUGAUGGUGGUCAUCUCCUCUAUGGGGGGGCUGAAGUACAUCUUCAACGUGCCCUACGGAGUGGGCAAGGCUGCGUGCGAUAGGCUGGCUGUCGACAUGGCGGUGGAGUUGAAGAGGAGUGGCGUCGCUUCGGUCAGCCUGUGGCCCGGAGCGGUGAAGACAGAACUCCUGACUGAGCUCUUGUUGGAGACUGCGAAUCCGGUCCAAAUGAACUCAAAGACACGAGCAGUCUUUGCCAAUGGGGAAUCCACAGAAGUGAGCGGAAGAUGCAUUGUUGAGCUGGCCAAAGACAAGAACCUGAUGUCACUAACUGGGAGGGUUCUGAUGACCUGUGACCUUGCAAGGCGCUAUGGGAUACGGGAUAAUGAUGGACGUCAUGUGACCGACUACACCUCCCUCAGCUUCCUGCUUUCCCAGGUGCCCUACCUGUCCUGGCUCUCUGCACUCACGCCCUCCUUCCUGCGAGUGCCCCGGUUCAUCCUCACUCUCACUGGGGGGCACUUCUGACCCCCCCCCCCCCCCCCCCGCUGGCCCUGCGUACGGAGGCUCCCCUCAGGGAACACCGGGCACUGCUGGUUAGGCAGGCGUGCAAACUCAUUUUUGUCAUUUUUGAAAGAGGCAAACGCAUCAUUACUUGUGCAACUCAUUUGUUUAUUUUUAUACUCUGUGCAAUACUGAACACAGACACGCACACAAAAUAAAUACUCCUGUACAGGCAUAACUGUUUUUGGACAGGACAACUGUGUGAUUGCUUUUAGACUCAUGUGCGAGUCCAAUGCAUCACGCCUGUAGUUUGUACAGAGGACCUCUACGAGUGGCCUUUGAGAUGGGCCGUGUAUUUGAGAUGGCCCACGUUUGACCACAAGCAGACGUGCGUCCUGCAUAUUCUGCAACACUUCCCUAGGAAUAACACAACGACUUUACAUUUGAAAUAGCCUUUACGGUGUAUAACAAAAAAUAAAUAUAAGAUAGCAGC